UUGAACCCGCAACCCCCACUUUCCCACGCGUGGCGGAUACUUGACGUAUGUCUUCUUCCACCACUCCUCUCGAAGUCCACAUACUCAAGGGACUCUUCAAGGCUGGUGCGUGGGAUACACUACUCCAACCACAAUGGCCGAGAUCGUAGGAGGAGUGCUGUACGGAUUGAAGAACGUAGCAGAAGGCGCCGCGCUUAUAGCCAAAGGCAUCUACGAUCCCACCUUACCCCUCAAGGCGACCAUCAGGCCAAUUACCAAUGUCUCCGUUCCGCUGGCUCAUCACUCCGUCUCCGUAAUCAAAGGCAGAGCAUAUCUCUUUGGGGGAAAGACGACAGGAGAACACGGCGGAACGCAGCUCGCCAACAGCGAUGUGCACGUUGUGAUUUUGCCGACUACCUGCUAUGGCAAUGUUGACUACAAAAAGAUCCGCGCCACGGCCAACGCUCCGCCGAAAAGGUACGGACAUAGCGCCGCCGCGCUCGACGAUCAGAUCUACGUCUUCGGUGGGAGUGGCGAGGAUGGGACGCCGCUGGAUGAGGGCGGGCGAGUCUGGGUGUACAGCACCUCUUCGAACGCGUGGCACACUCUCGAUCCUCCGGCACACAGUCCUAGGCCUGGCCCCAGGACAUCACACGCUUCUGUGGCCAGCGAGCAUCCGCGGCCGGCGCAGAAGCGACCGAGAGAGGACAUUCUACCGCAACGGCCUCCCGAUCCCGAGGAGACGAUGCCGGACAUCCCAGGGGCAGACACCUACGGCACAUUGUUCAUACAAGGCGGGCAAGCACGGUCUGGCAACAACCUCAUCGACGCGUGGUCGUUCGACCUAGCCACGAGAACAUGGAAGGAAUUACCAGAUAUGCCCAGUCCUUCAUCGCCCAGUCCUAGCUUGUCACUGGUAGAUCGCCGUCUCUACGCAUUCUCCGCCGGCCACACGAGUUUCCUGGACCUCGAUGUUCCCGAGACAGGGCACGUCGAACUGGAACCUUUGAAGCCAUGGCAGACCCUCCCACCCACCUCAAGCUCGCCAGAGAAGGGGGACCCAGGCGAGCGGGCUGGCGCGUUCGUGGCGUCACUGACUACAGGCCAAGGGCGGGAUUAUCUGCUCCUCGUGGGUGGCAGAUCACGCUCGGGAGCGGUGCUGCAAGACAUGUGGACGCUACAGCUUCCCUCCGAAGACAUGUCGGCCGCGAGCCUCAAAGAUGCAGCGCGGGUUGCAAUGAAAAUGGAUACGAGGGAGGCGCAAUGGGAAGUAGUCAAGUACUACAACGCUGACGGAGUGAUGAUCCAGGAAGGGCAGGAUGGGAGAGGAGUGGGAUUGAGGGAAGGGUUUGCAGCGGCAAAGUGUGUUGAUCUAGAUGGGCAGAGUGUGUUGCUGUGGGGAGGUAUCGGAGCGGAUCACAUUCCACGUGGAGAUGGGAUCAUGGUAACGAUUGAGAUGUGACGCCUCUGCCGGAGCUAGUGCUACUUCAUGUCUCCACGCCUUUUUCGUCUUCCGCAGUCAUAAUCCGCGUACACAAUCUUCCCCUGAUCGUAAUGUGCAUCCCGCAAGGGCCAAACCGCCGUACCUCUCACUAUACGAAAGAGCGCGAGGGUGAUUCACUAAAACUUCUCCUCUUGCCUCCACGCAACGCUCUCAGCAGACUCGCUCGACUCGCCGCCGGCAAUCUUCUUCUUCGCAAUUCUCUCGCGCUCCAAGA